AUGGCUUCUGCUUCUACGUCUCUCGGUAUAUCCAUUGCACUCCACUGUACAACUUCCCACAAAGAAACCCUAUUUCUAGGCCGUCCCAGAACCACUAUAACCAAUCCUAUCUUGCCACGUCAUCCCUCUUACCGCACCUCUGUCCUUUCUUUUUCCCGCCGCCGCCGGAACACCUCCGCCCCCUCUCCCAUUGCUUCCAAGAAAGUCAACAAGAAAAAAUUGACUCACAAAAAGGUCGAAGAAGAUGAUAAUAUAGAUGAAGAUGCCUUCGAUGCACUUUUCCACAUGCUUGAAGAAGACUUGAAAAAUGAUAAUUUAUCUGUAAACGAUGGUGAAGGCGAUGAUAUAACUGAGGAAGAUAUGUUGAAGCUCGAGCAUGAAUUAGCGGAGGCUCUGGCAGAUGAUGAAUUAUUAGGAGCGCUUGCUUCUACUGUAGGUGGAGAAACUGAGAAUGAAGUUGAAGAAGAAGAUGAUGGUGGCGAUGAAAAUGAAGGGGAAGGUGAAGGCGACGAUGAUGAAGAAGAAGAGGAAAUGCCUUUAAAUCUUAAGAAUUGGCAACUUAGGAGAUUGGCAUAUGCUCUGAGAAAUGGUCGGCGUAAGACUAGUAUAAAAAAUCUUGCUGCAGAACUGUGUCUUGAUAGAGCUGUCGUUCUUAAAUUUCUUCGUGACCCUCCUCCAAAUCUUGUAAUGAUGAGUGCUGCUUUACCUGAUCAACCUGUUUCAACAAUCUUGGAGCCUGCAGAGGAAACUGAUACAACUGUUCCCAUGGGCACAAUCCCCAUGAACACAGCACAUGAUGCAAAGCCAAAAACUGAGGCGAAACUGCCAGUUCAUGUUAUGCAGAAUAACUGGUCUGCUCAAAAGAGACUGAAGAAAGUGCAGCUUGAAACUCUUGAACAAGUCUACAGACGUACAAAGCGCCCAACUAAUGCCAUGAUUAGCAGCAUUGUGCACGUGACAAAUCUACCUCGGAAAAAAGUUGUAAAAUGGUUUGAAGAUAGACGGGCUGAAGACGGGGUUCCUGACUCUCGCGUUCCUUAUCAACGUUCUGCUCCUGAGACUAGAUCUUCAAAAUCAUUCAGAAGGCAAGGCUCAUCAGGUUCAGUUUGGAAUGAAAAAAUAGCUGAGAAAUUGAAUCAAGUGAAAAACGCAGAGCUCAGGCAUUGCCAGAGUACUGGUGGUGGUGGAAUGGCGGAAGCACCACCAGUUUAUAUGCGCAGUUUAUCAGCUCCGACAACAAAACCGCUGUUGCUGGAAUCAGUUAGAAAUGGAUUUGCCGGCGGUGGCAACGCAAAUGAACAUGAAGAGAAGCCUAAGUUAUGA